CACCCUGCUGUGUCUUGGUGAGCCCUGGAGGGGGGUCGGGGUCCAAACGGGAGGGGGCAGGAGGGCAGGUCGGCGGUCUGCUAGGCUGGCCGCUGCUUACUCGCUGUUCCCUUCUAGGCUUGUCUGCGGCCCAGGGAGCUCAGGCACAGGGUGGCGAGACUUUCAAAACUCCUGAGGUCCCCUCUGCUGUGCCAGCUAUCAGCGCCCUCAGCCAGUGGCUGGAAGACGAGGGGUGGCAUGGAAGGCUGGCGGAGGGGCAGACACGCCUGUAGGUCCGUGACCUGGCCCUCUCUUCUAGGAAAUCUCCCCCAACCUCAAAUCACAGCUUGGCCUGGGUCCAUGAUUCCAGUUAGGCAUCCUGUCACCAUCCGGUGCCACGCGGCUGCAGAUGUGGAAAUGUUCAGGAUUUCUCAAGAAGGACGGCCUGAGCCCACGGAUGGAUUGAAAGCACAGGAGUCCGGGGAGGUCAAUCUCACAGAGAUCACAGAGACCGCUCAGGGCCGCACCGCUGUUCCUACAAGAGCCGUGGCUGCUGGUCCAGUGGGCCGCAGGGGCCGCAGAGCCAGAAGCGACCUCGGCCAAGGGAAGAAUCCGGUCGUGGAGCUGGGAAGCACAGAGCAGCUGUACCUCUGUCCCCAGGGAGGGACCCAGGAUCCCUCAGGACAGGACAAGGACGGUGGGAACUGGAGCCUGGCCUGGGCAGGGGGCCGAGGGGAGCUGCAGGGAGGCUGCUGCCCCUGCCACCAACACCCUCCCUCCUCAGGGGCUUUCGGCAAGCCCUCCCUCUUGUGUGCUCCUGGCACCGUGGUGCCUCAAGGAGACGACAUGGAGCUGCGGUGUUUCUCCAAAGCCACGUUUGAAAUACUUACUCUCACCAAAGAAGGCAUUCUCCCCACCCAGAAGAGAAGCUCCAGCCCCAAGGGCUCCGAACGCCAGGCCACCUUCCUCUUGAAGCGCAGCUCCUCCGCACGGGGGACCAACAGAUGCUACGGCGCCUUCCACAACCACCCCUUCGUGUGGUCUCACCCGAGUGACCCGUUCCAGCUUGUGGUCAAAGAAGCUCCUGAGCGUCCCAAUCCCACAAGACCAGGUUGGUCCACGGCCCUGCCGUCCAACCACACCUUCCAGGAGAGACACCAGAACUUUCUGAUUGCCAUCCCAGGGGCCACCAUGCUUCUCGUGGUCCUCCUCCUCGUCUUCCUCUUUCUCCUCCACCAGAGCAAAGCCAAGAACAGUAAGUCCAUGAGAUGCAGUAGGUCCGGCCCGGCAAGCUUGCCCAGAGCCCCAGGGCCGCAGGGCUGCCGGAAUGGGAGGCAGCAUUUGCCAGAGGAGAAGGGGAGAGGGAGUGUGGGGCAGGAGGUCUGGGGUUUGCUGGCUGGCCCUGUGUUCUUGAUAAUGCCCUGCCCCAGGCUCCCACUGAAGUCAGAGGCCAGGCCUGGGAUCACCUCCAACAGCCCUGUCUGGAGAUGUGACCACCUCUGUCCUUGUCCGUUCUGGCAGCUGCAACAGAAUACAGUAGACUGGGGACUUACACAACAAAUAGUGCUCUUCCUCCCACUCUGGAGGCUGGGGGUCCCAGAUGGAGGUGCAGGCGUUCCGGUUCCUGGCAACGGUCCCCUUGCAGAUGGCCACCUUCUUGCGGGGUCCUCACAGUGGGGAGGGAGCUCUGGCCUCGGCCUCAAGGACACUGACCCCAUGGUGAGAAUUCCCCUCCUCCACCCUCUAGAUGCUGCCCGGAGAGAUAGACAGCCAGAGGCGGCCGCACCGCUGCGCGGGCAGGCCUCUGAAGCCGUAGGCUCACAGGACAUCACCUACUCCCAGCUGACCCGCAGCACCCCCAGCAGGGGUACGGCUGAGACGCCCUCCUCAGUGCCCAGGGAGACCCAGCCCAGCGAGUAUGCAACCCUGGCCCCCAGAUAAGUCAUGCACCGCAGCCCAGCAUCUCAUCCAGCCCGCAGGACUUCCAGCUGCCUGUG